AUGAAUAAGAAAUCAGUAGCACCAAUAAAAGCACCAACUGGUAAGAAAUUAGUUGGAGCCAAGAAAACCACAGCAACACCAGCUCCACUUGCAACUAAAAAAGUUACCAAAACUGUUAUCCCUUCAAAAAAACCAAUUGUUCAAGAAUCAGAAUCAGAAGAAGAAGACUCUGACUUUGAAGAAGUUUCCUCUGAAACACCAACAAAGAAAUCAAAAUUAAUGGAUUCAGAUGAUGAUGAAGAAGAAGAAUCAGAUGAUGAUUUUAAUAAAAAGAAUACAAAAGGUUUUUCAGAUGAAAAUCAAAAAUGGUUAAAAAUGAAAAAUAAAGGAGAAGAUGACGAAGAUGAAGAAGAAGAAGAUGAAGAAGAUUCUGAUGAUGAUGAUGAAAAAACUAAUUUUGAUAUUCAAAGUAAAAAAUUAGUUCAAAAGAAAAGAAAAGAAGAAUUAGACAAUAUUAAAGAAAUUCAAAGUGAUUUUAAUAAAGAGAUACCAGAAGCAGAUAAAUUUGAUCCAACACAAGGUGAUCAAUCAUCAGAACCAGAGGAUACAUCAGAAUCAGAAGAUGGAUCAGAUGGUGAUGUGGAAGAAGAUGAAUCAGAAGAAAAGAAAGAUAAUUUAUUAAAUGUUGAUUUACCAAUGGUAUAUCAAAGAAUUAAAGAUGUAAUUCAAACAUUGGAAAACUUUGGUCAACAAAGAAAACAAGGUAUCUCAAGACAAACCUAUAUGGAUCGUUUAAGAGAGGAUAUUUGCACCUACUUUGGAUAUUCACAAUGGUUAGCAGAGGUAUUUUUAAAGAUUUUCAACGCAUCAGAGGCAUUGGAGUUCUUUGAAGCCAACGAAACUCAUCGUCCAUUGACCAUCAGAGCCAACACACUCAAGGUUCGUAGAAAGGAUUUGGCAGAGGCAUUGAUUGCUCGUGGUGUUCAUUUAGAGCCAAUCAAAUGGUCACAAGUUGGUUUAACAAUUUACGAUACUCAAGUAGCCAUUGGUGCCACUCCAGAGUAUUUAGCAGGUCAAUACAUCCAACAAAGUGCAAGUUCAUUCUUACCGGUAUUAGCAUUGGCACCACAACCAAAUGAACGUGUUUUAGAUAUGUGUGCCUCCCCAGGUGGUAAAACCACUUACAUUGCCGCAAUGAUGAAAAACACUGGUACAUUGGUUGCCAAUGAUGUAAACAAGGAUAGAAUUAAAUCAUUGGUUGCAAAUAUUCAUCGUUUGGGUGUAAAGAAUUGCAUGGUCUCAAAUUUGGAUGGUCGUCAAUAUCCAUCAGUUCUUAGUGGUUUCGAUCGUGUACUCGUUGAUGCUCCAUGCGUUGGUUUGGGUGUCAUUUCAAAGGAUCCACAAAUUAAAAUCUCAAAGAGUGAACAAGAUGUUAUCACUUGUACUCACACUCAAAAAGAAUUAUUACUUAAAGCUAUCGAUUCAGUUGAUGCCUCUUCUCCAACUGGUGGUAUCAUUGUUUAUUCAACUUGUUCUCUCACUGUUGAAGAAAAUGAAGCUGUUGUCGAUUAUGCACUUCGUAAUCGUGAUGUCAUUGUAGUUGAUACUACAAUUGAAUUUGGUGUUGAUGGUUUCACAUCUUUCAGAGAAAGUCGUUUCCAUCCAUCUUUAGCUCUCACCAAACGUUACUAUCCACAUACUCACAAUAUGGAUGGUUUCUAUGUUGCAAAAUUAAAGAAAAGAUCAAAUAUAAUUCCAAAAGAUUCUGAAGAACAACAACAAAAAUCAAAUAAAAGAAAAAAUUCUGAUACAUCAUCAUCAGAUUCUGAAUCAAAACCAAAUAAAAAACAACAAAUAAAUAAAUCAAAUAAUAGUAAUAAUAAUAAUAAAUCAAAUAAUAAUAAUAAUAAUAAUAAUACAACAAAACUUAGUAAUAAGAAAAAAGAAACUAAAAAGAAUAGAUAUGUAAAAAAACAACAACCACAACAACAAAAAAAGAAAUAA